AUAAGACGUACCAAGGUUUUAGAGGCGAAACACAAGAAAAAAAAUAUUCUGAACCAAUGGACUGCAGACAUAGUACAGGAGAUGACCAGAGACUGCGGACACAGUACAGGAGAUGACCAGAGACUGCGGACACAGUACAGGAGAUGACCAGAGACUGCGGACACAGUACAGGAGAUGACCAGAGACUGCAGACACAGUACAGGGGAUGACCAGAGACUGCAGACACAGUACAGGGGAUGACCAGAGACUGCAGACACAGUACAGGGG